AUGAUUGACAUCAGGCACAAGUUUUCAACGAAAUUUAAGCCCUUCCAAGAUUUGUGCAUUGACGAAAGUCUGGUGCUGUGGAGAGGUAGACUUGCGUUCCGUCAGUAUAUGCCUAAUAAGCGCCACAGAUUCGGCCUAGAAUUAUUUUUAAUUUGUGAUGUUGAGACAGGUAUCAUCUUGGAUUUUAUAUUAUACACUGGAGCACAAACUGAGGUUCAGGUUGACUCAAAAUUUGGUUUUGCUGGUUCGGUAGUCAACGCUUUGAUAGAACCAUACCUGGGGAAAGGACAUAAUCUUUUCACAGAUAGUUAUUACGCCAGUCCAAUUCUGUUUGAACACCUGCAGCAAAACAGUACAGGAGCUUGUGGCACAGUUCGACCAAACAGAAAAGGGGUGCCUUCGUUCCCUGCAGUCAACCGGGGGGAAGUUAGUGCUUGCCACAAGAACAACAUGAUGUGCUUCAAGUGGUCUGCCAAACGAAUGGUCCAUAUGUUAACAUCAAUUCACGAAAACAAGAUUAUUCAAACUGAGAAAAGAGAUUACUCUACCGGUGAGCCAAUAAGGAAGCCAGAAGCUGUGGUUGACUAUACCCGAAAAAUGAGUAUCAUUGACAAAGCUGAUAUGCUUUUGAGUUGUGUAGACAGCCUCAGAAAAUCAAUCAAAUGGCUCAUUUUCUCUGUACAGAUUUGA